GCUUCAUUUCAAACACUCGAGCCAGCAUCCGCUAUCUGCUUGAUCCACUUUUCUGCAAAAGGACGGGAAACUUUGUUGUUUUGGUGGUUGGCGGCGCGCCCGAAGCUCUUGAUUCUUGCCCGGGGAAAUACAUCUUCCAUUUGAGUUAUCGACAUGGCUUCUUUAAACUGGCCCUUGAAACAGGGUGA